CCAUUCCUGUCCGUCACACACAAAUAUCAAAACACACAUUUACUUCGCAUUCGACUCUUUUUCUACAUUGCCAGUCAAGGGGUUUAUAGCGGCAAAAGCAAGGGUUUGUUUGGCUUUGAUAAUAAAAGAAUUUCUAUGCAAUUUUUGUUUCUGCUGUGAUCACGUUCAUGGAGAACUCGGUAGAAUCGACGCCUGCGGGCGGCGUCGAAGCGGAGACCUCCACCCACAUGGAAGCUGUGCAGCAAACUGCACAAGAGAAAGCGAAUGGAAGAGAUUCGAAAACUGAAGAGAGCGGGGAAGAUGAUUUGAUGCGCAAAGCACACGAUAUGAUGGAGCGCAUCAUUGAGACGCGCACGGCGCCUAGUCCACGCCUUCUGCACGCAUUGGCGUCGAUGCUCGAGCAGGAAGAAGCCAGAUUCAUCCACGAAUCAGGUCUGCCUUCUUCAAACAAUGCUCGGUCUUCUCACAAUGUAGGGCGUUUGGGAAAUUUGCUACGGGAAAAUGAUGAAUUUUUUGAGCUGGUGUCAUCGAAGUUUCUAUCAGACGCCAGAUAUACAACUGGUGUCCGUGCUGCUGCAGGGAGGUUAAUUCUUGCUUGUGCAUCAACAUGGGUGUAUCCCCAUAUUUUUGAAGAUGAUGUUUUGGAAAAUAUAAAGCAGUGGGCAAUGGAUGACAUUCUUGGCUCAGGCGAGGACCUUCCUCUAAGGCUGGAAGCAUCUGGACAGGUUGCAAGUGAUCCACUAAUGUUGAAGACAUAUGCAACUGGUCUUCUUGCACUAGCCUUACAUGGGAAUGGUCCAGUUGUAGAAGAUGUUCUUACAUCUGGUUUAGCAGCAAAGCUCAUGCAUUUCCUGCGGAUGCGGGUGUUUGGUGAGAUGAAUGCAAGUCAGAAGGAUGUAACUUCAGUUCCUGAAAAUAGGCAAUCAGUUGGAGGAAAUAGUGGUAGAUUAAGGGAUGAUGGAAAAAGCAGAUUGAGGCAUGUGGCAGACAUAUCCCGCUUAGAUUUUGUAAGGCUAAGUGAGGAAACAAUUUCAGAGGAACAAAUUGCGGAUAAGGAUAAUGAAAAAGGGACGACCAUAAAGGAGAAGUGUGCUGAAGAUUAUCUUGAAGAUGACGAUGAGUUGAUAAGGGCAAAGGAUACUGUAGAUGUUUCGGAUGAAGUUAUUGGAAUGCUUCAUGUAGAAGAUGAUAACAUAGAUCAUACUCCUGAAGAUAAAAGACGUAGAAAAGAGUGGCGUGAAGUAAUGUGUAAAUUGUCUGGAAAUAAAUCUCUAAAGGAUGAGGAUGGUGAGGAAAAUCUUAGGGAGGAUCCUUCUAAACGGAGGGCUGAACGAGGGGUCUCAAGACAUAGAGGAAAAGCAAGGGCAUCUGAGAGUGUAGCAGAAGCUGAAAAGUGUAUGACAGCUUUAGGCACGGGAAUACGCUUAGGAACUCAAAUUAGAACUAAUAAGGAUAGAACUAGUAGCAAAUUAGAUACUAAUUUGGAUCAUAGAAGUAAGCAGGAUGGCAAGCUAAGCGAUGUAGGUCAUGUUCUAUCAGAUAAAGAUGAUAUUGAUGACAGCGAUAAAGUUUGUAAGGUCGGAACAAAGGACAUUUCUGAAUUUGUAAAGAGAGCAAGAAGGGCUGCUGAAGCUGAAGCCAGGGCUGCUAAUGCACCUAUAGCAGCUGUGAAAGCAGCAGGAGAUGCUGCAGCCGAACUUGUCAAGACUACAGCUGCAGAGGAAUUAUCAAACACAAAUGAUGAAGAACUUGCUUUUGAGGCUGCAUCUACAGCUGCAACAACAGUUGUUGAUGCUGCCUUGUCAACCGAUGUUUCUAGGAAGGGAAUUGAUAUUAUUGAUAAAGGGCAUGAUGUUGUAACCAGUGACUUUGAGAGAGGUUGUGAGCUUGAAGAAAACUUAAUAUUGGAUUCAGAAUCCAUUGGUAGAUUGCGAGAGCAGUUUUGUGUCCAGUGUUUGGAGAGGUUAGGAGAGUAUGUUGAAGUCUUGGGUCCCGUGCUUCAUGAAAAGGGGGUAGAUGUUUGCCUUGCCUUACUUCAGCGACACUCAAAAGCUGAUGAUUCUUCAACUACCUUUGCCAUGUUAUCUGAUGUGUUGAAGUUGAUUUGUGCUCUUGCUGCUCAUCGGAAAUUUGCUGCAUUGUUUGUUGAUCGUGGUGGGGUACAGAAACUUCUUGCAGUUCCGAGAGUGUCAGACAGUUUCUCUGGGAUUUCAAUGUGUUUAUUUGCUAUUGGAUCUCAUCAGGCUAUCAUGGAACGUGUAUGCGCACUUCCCUUAGAUAUUGUCCAUACUGUGGUUCAAUUAGCUCUUCAACUUCUUGAUUGUUCUCAAGAUCAUGCCCGAAAGCAUGCUGCUUUAUUCUUUGGAGCAUCAUUUGUCUUCCGAGCAGUCCUUGAUGCCUUUGAUGCAAAUGAUGGUCUACAAAAAAUGUUAAAUCUCUUAAGGAAUGCAGCUAACAUAAGAUCAGGAGUUGGUAAUGGACCAUCUGGAAUGUCUAGCACAAGUCCACGAAAUGAUCGAACAUCUGCUGAAGUUUUGACAGUGGCAGAGAAACAGAUUGCUUAUCAUACAUGUGUUGCGCUGCGUCAAUAUUUUCGAGCUCAACUGAUUUUGCUUGUAGACACUUUGCGUCCAAACAAGGGUCAUCGUGGUGGAGCACGCAGUGCUCCAAAUACAAGAGCUGCUUAUAAGCCUAUUGAUAUCAGCAAUGAAGCAGUAGAAGCCAUAUUUAUGCAGCUGCAGCGUGACAGAAAAAUUGGACCAGCUUUUGUCAGAGCUCGUUGGCCUGCAGUAGAGAAGUUUCUUAGCUGCAAUGGGCAUACAAUUCUAUUGGAACUGAGUCAGGCUCCUACUGGUGAACGCUACUUGCAUGACUUAGCCUUGUAUGCAUUAGGGGUCUUGCAAAUUGUCACCUUGGUGCCAAAUGCUCGCAGACUUGUAGUAGGUGCAACACUGAGCAAUGAACGUCUGGGAAUGGCAGUCAUACUGGAUGCAGCUAGUGGUGCUUCCCACGUGGACCCUGAACAGGUUAUUCAUGCUGCCUUGCUUGUAUUGGUUAAUCUUGUUUGCCCCCCGCCAUCUCUUAGUAGCAAGCCAGUUUCUACAUUUCAGGGCACAAAUGUACCUUCCAGUCAAGCUCCAAACGGUUCCCUCUCUGAAGGCAGGGAGAGAAAUGUUGAUAGGAAUGCAGCAGAACGUGCUUUACCCUUGUUUGGUCAGGAUGAAGCAAGGGAUCGGAAUGGUGACCAGAAUAAUAAUGGUGAACGUAAUGGGUUAGUUGCUCAGGUCAUUCUGCCAGGGAGUAGUCAGGUAGCUGCAUCUUCUCCAACAGCAGCCUUAGUUGGAGACCGAAGAAUAUCAUUGGGUCCAGGAGCAGGUUGUGCUGGUCUUGCUGCUUAUAUGGAACAAGGAUAUCGACAGGCACGGGAAGCUGUUCGGGCCAAUAAUGGGAUCAAGGUGCUUCUGCAUCUGCUUCAUCCACGCACACUUCUAAAUCCAAAUAAUUUGGAUUCCAUUCGUGCAAUUGCAUGUCGUGUCCUCCUUGGAUUGGCCAAAGAUGAUACAAUUGCCCAUAUUCUAACCAAACUUCAGGUGGGGAAACUUCUUUCAGAACUAGUAAGAGAUGCAGGAAGUCAAAUAGCAGGUGCAACUGGUGAACAGGGAAAAUAUCAGGCCGAGCUUAGCCAAGUAGCAAUGGAGCUUAUUGCUAUAGUAACAAAUGCGGGACGUGCAAGCACUUUAGCAGCCACUGAUGCUGCUGCUCCUACUUUACGGCGUAUAGAGAGAGCCGCAAUAGCAGCUGCAACACCAAUAACUUAUCAUUCAAAGGAACUACUACAACUUAUACAUGAGCACCUGGUUGCUUCAGGACUUUCAAAUUCAGCAGUAACUUUGUUGAAGGAGGCACAUCUUACACCAUUACCUUCACUAGCAGCACCUUCUUCAUUAUCCCAUCGGACAUCUGUUCAAGAAGCAUCAGGUGUACAGUUCCUAUGGCCAUCAGGCCGAGUUCCUGGAGGGUUUCUAACAGAUCCUUCAAGCUCUGGUCAUGUAGAUGAUUCUGGCAUCAAGAGUGACCUUUCUCUUUGUAGUUUGAGGAAAAAAUCUCUUAGUUUCUCCUCAAACAUCAGUGUCAAAACGCCACAAGCGACACAGCAAUUGACAAACAAGGCUGCAGGUGCCAAAGAUGCAAGAAAUACAUCUGGGAGUACAAAAUCACUUGAAUUUUGUACUCCAGUGCCAAAGUUGAACUCUGAAGUUCCAGAUCUGUGUCUGAAAAGCCCCAAUACCUUGCCUAUGAAACGGAAGGCAUUUGAUAGGGACACUGCAAUUCCGUUGUCAACAAAGCGCCUAGCUAUCCCUGAUCCUGCAAGUUCAUCACCUAUCUACAUGACACCCACUGUUCGUAAAAGUAACCUAUCUGUGGAGAUUGAAGGGCCUUCUGGUACACCAUCAUAUGUUCAGCGAGAUAAGGUGGAUGACAUUGCUUGCAACCAGCAAAUACUAGGAUCCUACCAUGGUACACCUGGUGUUGGACAGGUUUCAAGUUAUUAUUCACAGCCUGGUCUGCUAGCAGAUCCACAAUCUGGAAACAAUGAACGUGCCACCUUAGAUUCUUUGGUGGUGCAAUAUUUGAAACACCAGCAUAGACAGUGCCCUGCUCCUAUAACCACUCUUCCUCCAUUGUCUUUGUUGCAUCCACAUCUAUGUCCUGAACCAAGUGGAGCUCUGGAUGCUCCUUUUAACACAGCUGGAAGGCUUAGCACUCGAGAGUUUAGGACACAAUAUGGUGGUAUGCAUGGACACAGGCGUGACAGGCAGUUUGUUUUUAGCCGUUUCAGACCCUGGCGUACAUGUCGUGAUGAAGCUGCUCUGUUGACUUCAAUAACUUUUUUGGACAGUUCUUCUCGAAUAGCUACUGGGAGCCAUAUGGGAGAACUGAAGAUUUUUGAUACAAGCAGUGGAAAUGUGCUAGAAAGUCAUGUUUGUCAUCAGUCACCUGUAACUUUGGUUGAAUGUUCUUCAUGUGGAAAUUGGCCUACUCCUGGAAGUAAGCUUCUACUAUCAUCAGGCAAUUUUGAUGUCCGCCUGUGGGAUUCUUCUGCUAUUGCCAGUGGACCAUUACAUGCCUUUGAGAACUGUAGAGCAGCACGAUUUAAUCAUUCUGGAAGCAUGUUUGCGGCAAUUUCGUUGGACACAUCCCGCCGAGAAAUUCUUCUUUAUGAUGUUCAAUCUGGCAAACUUGAACAAACUCUGUCCGACAGUUCUUCAGGUUCAUCUGGCUUUAUUCGGAGCCAGACACAAUCAGUUGUUCAUUUCAGUCCUUCAGAUACAAUGCUGUUAUGCAAUGGGGUUCUUUGGGAUCAUCGUGUUCAACGUCAUGUACACCGCUUUGACCAGUUCACUGAUUAUGGUGGUGGGGGAUUCCAUCCAGCUGGAAAUGAGGUUAUCAUCAAUUCAGAGGUUUGGGAUCUAAGGAAAUUCAGGCUUCUUCGAAGUGUACCAUCUUUGGAUCAGACUGUUAUCACCUUCAAUCCUACAGGUGACAUUAUAUAUGCAACAUUACGAAGAAACUUGGAAGAUAUUAUGACUGCUUUGCAUCCACGGCGGGCUCGGAAUCCUCUCUAUAAAGCUUUCCGUACGAUGGAUGCUGUCCAUUAUUCAGAUAUUGCUACAACUGUUGUUGACAGGUGUGUAUUGGAUUUGGCAACAGAGCCAACAGAUUCAUUUAUAGGUUUAGUUACCAUGGAUGACAGUGACGAGAUGGAUUCGUCUGCUAGAAUCUACGAGGUGGGGAGGCGAAGGCCAACAGAUGAUGAUUCAGAUCCUGAUGAUGGGCUUGAGAGUGAUGAGGAAGAUGAGUGUGAGUCCGAAGCUGAUGAAGAGGAAGGAGAAGAUGGCUUAGAUGAUGGAGAAAGCGAUAUGGACAUCAGCAAUGAUGAAGAUGAUAGUGUUGAUGAAGGCGAAGAUGGAGAUUUUGAUAGCAAUGAUGAAGAUGGUAUGGGUGGUAUCGCUGAAAUAAUUUCAGAUGAUGAUGGUAGUCAUGGAAUGGGGGGAUCUUUCAGUAGUGAAGAAGAGGGUUCUAUGGGUGAAUUUGAUGAUGAAUUUUUGAUUAUUUAGAUUAAAGGUGUUGAAUCUGAUAGCUAUGCUGCAAAGGAAAGAUGGUGUACAGCCUUAUGCAUUGGAUGAAAUGGACAGAGUUUUGGAUGUUGUGGAGGUUAUGCUCUCCUGUAGAACUUGUUGGAUGGACAGUGCAAGAAUGAUGAGGUCAGCUAUUUGAGCGGGCUACUAAUUUUGCCUUCUUUGUAAAAUGAGUCAUGCUUACAAUUCAAGAGCUUUGUAUAGGCACUGCCUGCCUUAUUAUCGUGGGAUGUUCUGUUGAUUUAUCUAUUUCAUUGUUAGGGAAUACAAAAUUCCAUUUGCUGCAUUA